AUGUCAAUUUCAAGUACCAGUCAAAGACGUUUAUUUAAAGAUUUACAAAAAAUUCGUUCCGAAGAAUUACCAGGUAUUAAUGCAACACCUAUUGACAAUGAUAUGCAUGUAUGGAAUGCUUUAAUUGAUGGACCAGCUGAUACAUGUUAUGAAGAUGGAUUGUUUACAUUAAGAAUGGAAUUUGCAGAUACUUAUCCAUUAACACCACCUAAUGUUCGAUUUACAUGUAAAAUGUUUCAUCCAAAUGUUUAUGCUGAUGGUAGUAUAUGUUUAGAUAUAUUACAACGAAAUUGGAGUCCAACUUAUGAUGUAUGUGCUAUAUUAACAUCGAUUCGUUCAUUAUUAAAUGAUCCAAAUCCGAAUUCACCAGCUAAUAAUGAAGCAGCUAAAUUAUUUGUUGAAAAUCGUCGUUUAUAUGAAUCAAAAGUUCGUAAAUUAGUUGAAGAAUCUAUUAUAGCUGAUCAAACAAAUAAUGAUUUAAAGAUGACUGAUGAUCAAAUACAAACAAGUGAUAAAUCAUCUUGA